AUGGACCAACCGCAGAAACAACAGCAACCUUACCGCCGCCGGAGACCCGCCCUCUCUUGCAUUGAGUGUCGGCGACGCAAGCUCAAAUGCGACCGGAAAAGCCCUUGCAGCCGUUGCAUCUCGACUGAGACACAGUGCACUUACACCAUCUACUUCCAGGACAAACUCCGAGCAAGGCAUUGGCAGGAUGGCCGGACACAUGUGCCUUCUUCUUCGAUGCCAAGCCCCUCAACUGUCUUUCUAGCAUCGACCCCAUCACAUGUCGAUACAAAUGGCCCGACGGAAUCGGCACUUGGACCAAAUGAUCCGUCAAACGCACCAACUGCAAACGAGAUCCAAAUCCCGAAUCGCCCCCGGCCCGUGGAUCCCGAGCUCAAUGAUCUUAGAGGGCGGGUGCAGAGGCUUGAACGAUCCCUGGUCCACGUCCCCGUGCAUGAUCUGACACAGGCCGGCCGAGAUGUGCUCGCUGGUGAGUCGGGGUUGCCGGACGCCCGUAUCAUUUUGAACAAGACGAGGAUCAUGAGAUGGAGCCAUUGGGUUGGCAUAGCAAAAGAGUUCGCCCCCAUCGUCUCCUGCUAUGGGGCAAUUUGCGGCUACGGCGAUAUCAACUCCUUUGACAACGCUGAGACGAGAUCUCUAAUUGUCGAAAUCAGCGAGCUGCUUCAAAAGUGCAAAAGCGUAGCUAGAAAUCUCAAGACUGGACGGCCUAGCAGAUGCCUUUCCUCGCUGAGCUUUGACCUGACGCCCCCUAUCCGCGAGGUAGCAGACAAGAUGACGACCUUGUACUUUCAGUCCUUCGAAUCAACGCACCGCAUCCUCCAUCAGCCGACCUUUUGGAAGGUGUAUGAAAGGUUUUGGAGCAAUCCCGCAAGUGCUUCGCCCAAAUUGCGACUCCAAGUGCUUCUCGUCAUUGCAAUAGGUUCCAUCUUGGUCUCUCAUGGAGAAACCGAUGCCGGACUCCGCAGCAUGGCCCAUCAAUGGAUCUACGCAGCUGAAACCUGGCUCUCAGGCCCACUGGAAAAGGACCGUCUCGACAUCUCCGGACUCCAGAUACACUGUCUGGUGAUGCUGGCACGGCAAAUCUUCUCCAUUGGAGGAGACCUCGUCUGGAUAUCCUCUGGGUCGCUCAUCCAUCGGGCAAUGCAGAUUGGCUUGCACCGCGACCCCAAGCAUCUCCCUAAUAUGUCUGUGCUGCAGACGCAAUUGCGUAGACGAUUGUGGGCUACGAUAUUGGAGCUGGUCGUUCAGUCCUCGCUGGACUCGGCUUUACCGCCGAGGAUCUCCUUCGAUGAGUUUGACACGGAGCCGCCGGCUAAUUGCGACGACAACGAGAUAGAAGAGUCGGUGACUGAGCUGAGGCCACAAUCCAAAGAACAGUUUACUGGAACGUCCAUGCAGCUUCUGUUACUUGAUUCACUCCACACGCGGCUUCGUAUCCUGAGCCUCCUGAACGGCCUGAACUCGGAGCUGUCCUACCUAGAUGUGCUCGACUUGAGCACGGACAUUACCGAAGCAUGUCGCCGUUGGAACAUCUUUGCCAGGGAAAACAAGGCGCGUGGAGUGACACCAUUUCAUCGGAACAUGCUUGACUAUCUUCUACGUCGGUUCCUGAUUCCCCUCCACUGUCCAUUUGCGCACAAAGCACGGACGAACCCGCUAUUUCAUUAUUCGCUCAAGGUUAGUAUAGAUACCGCCCUGGCCAUAGCCUCUCCGGAGCCGGAUGAAGGCUUCUCCAACCUAAUGGCGAUCGGCGGAGGAAUGUUUAGAGAGGGCAUCCGGUAUGCGAGUAGUAUCAUCGGUCUGGAGCUUCUCGCCCAAGUCGAAGCUCACUAUAUGGACGGAACCUUACAUCGAAACGCACACUAUCUUAGUCCCCUGAAGAAGGUGGUGGAGGAAAUGACGGCUCUAUCUUUGGAACGGAUUCGUCAAGGAGAGACCAACGUCAAGAGCCACAUGUUCUUAUGCAUGAUCGCGGCACAAGCGGAAGCCACGGAACGGGGCGAAUCUAGUGAGGUUCGUAUGGUAAAGGGCGCGAGGGAUAGCAUUUCAUUGUGCCUGGAGCUACUGCAGAACCGCCUUGGUGCUUCCCCUCUGGCAACUCCUGUUCAAGAUUUCGAGUCCGUGAGCUUUGAUGAUAGAGAAGACUACACGUAUGGAUUGGGACUUGACAUGGACUUCUUCUUGACCGAUGUAGGUUUCCCCUAG